AAAGAGAAAUGGCGAAACCUCUUCGCGGUUCUGGAGACCGUCUUCGCACGGAACCCGUGGAUAUUCUUGGGCGUCCGGUUUCGGGGCCGAAACGGGACGGCCGUUUCCUUGACCCAAAACGGAAUGCGAGAACGGGCAUUAUUUUCUCACGGUGCUCAUUACAAAUAACCACGACCUGACUGUAACGUUCUCCUUUUCCAUCUAGUCCUCAAUGGCCACCAAAGCUGCCAGCAAGCGCCUGUCCAAGGAAUAUGUGACCAUGCAAAGAGAGCCACCACCAUUCGUUUGGGCGGUACCCGACGAAAAGAACAUCUUAACCUGGAAUUACAUUAUACGUGGCCCACCCGAUUCACCCUUCGCCGGCGGAGAAUACCAUGGCCUCUUGCUCUUUCCUUCAGAGUAUCCGUUUAAGCCUCCUGGUAUCAAGAUGCUUACCCCCUCCGGACGAUUUCACCCCGACAAGAAGAUAUGUUUCUCAAUGUCAGAUUUUCAUCCCGGAUCCUGGAACCCCGCUUGGAGUGUUGCGACAAUCUUGACGGGUCUACUUUCCUUCAUGCUAUCGGAUGAGAUGACAACCGGUUCUGUGACAUCUUCUGAUACCCACAAGCGUACCUAUGCUCAGCGAAGUCAUGGAUGGAAUCUUACACAGGCGCGGUUCAAAGAAGCUUUUCCCGACUAUUGUACGCCACAACCCCGAGACUUGCCAAAUAUGGGUGAGCGGGAACGAGGCAUCAUUAAGGCACCUGUAACUCUCUUCCCUUCGGCGCCUCAACCGACUACACCAGCUCCCCAAACAGUUGUAGCCAAGCCAGCCCCCCAGCCCACUCUGGCGGUUACACCAACAGCGCCGACGGUAUCAGCUGCUAGUGUCCCCCGUGGCUCAAUAGGUAAACCAGACGAGGCUGCUAAUGCUGUGGGGUGGGCCAGUGGGUGGAGUCAAUUGUUCUGGCAGAAGUGGCGCUGGGGUAUCCUUAUUGCUCUCGCCGUUAUUGUCUCCAAGAUAUCCUCCAAAGAUUAAUUAAUCUAGGCCACACUCAUUCUUGUUCUAGUUUCACUGUAUUCUUCAUCUUUAUCUUCCACCUAAGAUUUCACGGACAA